AAAUCAUUCUUAAUAAUAGUCCACACCACUACCAAGAAAAAGAAGAAGAAAAUAAUUAUGUAUAUCACUUCAUUACGCUACCUUUGAAAACUAACCAUCCCACUAUAUAAUCCAAUAAACCAAAAUCUCUUGUCUAUUCUCAUGUUCAAUUUCCUUUGAAAAAAAAAAAUCAUGGUUUUAUCAAAACAACAUCUAGUUUCAUUUUCAAUCACUUUUCUUCUUUGUUUCAACUUAGUAAAUUCCCAAAUCCUUGGUCCAAUAUUAUCUCCAUUAAUCCCUUUAAUCCCUGACCUCUUAAAUUUCUUAGACCAAAGAUUAGCUAUAGUUUUCCCAAUAAUUCAAGCCUUCAAAAACACAAUAACCUCUGACCCUUUAGGAAUAACAUCAACAUGGGAUGGUCCGGAUAUAUGCAACUACACCGGCUUCUACUGCGAUAACCCGCCGGAUAAUAACUCGGCCAUCACUGUCGCCUCCAUAGAUUUCAACGGCUUCCAACUCUCCGCCCCAUCGCUUGAUGAUUUCAUCGAUCAACUCCCCGACUUAGCUAUUUUCCAUGCAAAUUCCAACAAUUUCAAAGGCACCAUUUCGCCGAAAAUUGCAUCACUCAAAUAUUUAUACGAACUUGAUCUAAGUAACAAUCUUCUCACCGGAACAUUUCCCACUUCAAUCCUAAAUAUGCCAACACUUUCAUUCUUAGAUAUUAGGUACAAUCUCUUCACCGGAACAGUUCCUCAACAAAUUUUCACACAAACAUAUUUGGAUGUAAUUUUCCUUAACAAUAACAACUUCCUUCAAACACUUCCCAACAAUUUAGGCCAAACAACAGCUUCUUACAUUACUUUCGCUAAUAACAAAUUCACCGGUUCAAUUCCUCCUAGCAUAGGAAAAGCCUCAUCCACGCUAAUCGAAGUUUUAUUGUUAAACAACCAAUUAACUGGUUGUCUUCCUUACGAAAUAGGCUUCCUUAAUAACGUCGAACUUUUUGACGCCAGUGGUAACCUUUUAACAGGUCCAUUACCAUUAUCAUUUGGAUGUUUGAAGAAAGUUGAGCAAUUAAACUUUGCUAGGAACAUGUUGUACGGUCAGGUUCCGGAAGUGGUUUGUGCGUUAGGGAAUUUGGCGAAUUUAUCGUUGUCCUAUAAUUAUUUUAAUAGAGUUGGACCCUUGUGCAAGAAACUUAUAACAAGUGGUGUGCUUGAUGUGAGCAAAAAUUGUAUUUUUGAUCUUCCUGAUCAGAGAUCGAUGCAGGAGUGUGUGAAGUUUUUUGCACAUCCGAGAACUUGUGCGCGUUCUGGAUCGUUUAAUGUUACGCCUUGUCAAGUUCCUACACGAGGGAAACCUGGAAAUAAGAGGAAUUUGUUGUCAUAUUCUGCUCUUGAGAGAAACAGAGUUGUUCUGUAACUCAAUUCAGAUUAAACACAUGAUUGGUGUCCAUAACAAAUGUCUCAAUGCUAAAUUUAGACUAAGCAAUUAAAUAAAAUUUUGUAUGUAUAGUUCUUAAGAAUUAGUUUAACUGAUUGUGCCUAUAUUGUUAGGUUGAAAGUCUCCAGAGGAGUUCGAACUCAAAAUCUCAUAUGAGUUUCAAGUGGUAUCAUAGACAAAAAAAUGGAAUGUAUAGUUAGUAGUUCUUUAUGUCAAAAUAAAUUGUUUCGUGAGCUUAUAGUUCAGUUGGCAGGACAUUAGAUUAUAUAUGUAAGGGAUCGAGGAAUUUCUAGUCACCAGACUACUUGACAAAAAAAAUAAAAAAAUUGUGGGGAGGGCACUUAGUUUUUGUGGCCUUCUCAUUUUCUAAUGUCACCUCAAAUGCUACUGAUCAUAGUUAUUUGUUGCACUUUGUGAACCUAACUUGGUGCUUUGUGGUGGAAAUUUGAGAAGGUUGGUGUUGCAAGCUCACUCAUUACACAGUACACACCAAUAUAACAAUAACUCGCAUGCUUGUGUUACCUUUAAAAAAGCAAUGCCAACAAACACCAACAAGCAUAUUUUUUAUGUGAAAGAGAAUGUCUUUGAUUAAUUUAA